AUGUCUUUCGGAGCAGCUGGUGGCUCUAUUCCUAUGGCAAGUAAGGAACCACCCGAGCGAGGCAGUUUUCCUUUGGAUCAUUUUGGUGAAUGCACGUAUGUCAUGAGAGAGUAUUUGGAAUGCAUCAAAACGAAUCGUAGUCAACAACAGGAAUGUCGACCCCUUGCCAAAAAGUAUCUCCAAUGUCGCAUGGACACAGGUCUUUUCGGACAAGAUGACAUGCGCAAUUUGGGGUUUACCGAUGAGGAAGCAGAAAGAUCAGAUCCAAGUAAACAGUGA